UCAUAGAGGGAGCAAGCAAGCAAGCAAGCAAGCAAGCAAGGCGGUCCCUUUUCCAUUUCCAGUUAUUGCCAUAUUCCACGCAAUUGCGUCAUUUAACGUUGAUCUAAUCAACCAGCCCCGUGAAAUCUGUUCUCUUCAUAAAUCUCAGCGAUCAAGAACCAACAAAAGACAAGAAUAUGUCCGUGCCUCAGGCCUACUUUUUUAGGCCGUACGACAGCAAGUCUGUAAGGGCUAUGCGGUCCGGUUUUCAAGGUGCCCAGCCACAGCAGACACAUUCCGACACGAUGGAGCGGAACCAGGAUGCCGCCACCGCACAACCAGAAACGGAAGCAAGUGCCUCGCCCGGGCCACAGGCGCUGGCGCCUGUCCCGGGGAACGUUGGGCAUGAAGCCGCAGGACGUGAACCAAGCACUCCGUACACAUCAUCCAGCAGUGGCCAGCCUUUGCCCUUUUUGGCUUCCAACUCCACGUCCACUACGGAUGAUAGCGGAUCGUUCGAGUGCAGCAGCGCGGCGCCGUACUGGAUACCGGACGAGAUCAGGCACUAUUUCUUGCACCGCCACUCGCUGGCGGGAAUGGCUGGCGGUGACAACAGCAGCAGCAGCCGGAGGACGGACUGGGCGCUGCGCGAAAUCGGCCGCGAACGGCAGCUCCCCAUGGACGAAGGCGACCGGCCCAGGUGGACCACGGAGUGCCUCGGCGCCGGAAAGAACGCCGUCCUAGCGUUCGUCGUUACAUUCGCGGUCGUCAUUCUGCUGCUGGUCCUUGUGCUGCUGGUGGCUGACCUGCCGAGCACCGGGGUAGGAGUUCCCGCUGCGGCCGCUCCCCGUAAGGACGACUCAGGGGGAGCCCAUCACAGUGAAUUCCAGCGGCCGUUGCCGAACGACGACCUCGAUAAAGACUACCCAGACCCGAACAAGGCCGAUAACGGGUCCGUUAAGCAGGAAAGCGACGAGGACGAUCGCGACGAAGUUACUGGCAACGACGAAAGAGGGGACACAACUGCGACGGGUUCUGGAGGCUCGCGAGCGAAGGGGAAUGCGGCACCAGCUUCCGGGGAAGCGGUCGAAGAGCCGCACGAACUCGCUCGGUCAAGCUUCCACGGAUCGAUGCAGCCAGCAUGCGGACGUUCAGCAUUCGCACUGUGCCCCGCUGGGCAUUCCGAAUACUACUACAGUGGCUCAGUCAACGCUUGCGUGGCAAUCACCACCGGCAGGGUGGGCCUUUGUGUUCGCGGUCGGAACCGCUUCUCUUCGAUGGCGAGCUGCCGACAAAACUGCGUUGACGGUGAAAACGUCACCGCUCCCGAGUGCUACCAGAGGGCCAUAUUCGAGGAAUGCCAGAGGAAAGACGUCCUGAAGGUCUGGUGGUACUCCGACGGCCGACUGUGCCGCCGCUGGCGCUUCCCUCGCGGCCUCUGCCCCUCCGGAGGCGCGCACGUCUUCCACACGUCGGCAGACUGCGCUCGGAGAUGCGCCGACCGCCGACAUCCCUGCCGUGUGCCGGAGACCGUGCACUGCGACGCCACCCACUUGCGGUUCGCGUACUUCGCGGACGCCGUCUCGAAGCGCUCCCGAUCCAGGCGGUGCCGAAGGGUGCCGGCGGCCGGCGACGACAAAACGCGCCUGUGCCUUACCGGUGCGAACCGGUUCCGCACGAUGAACGCCUGCAGGAAGAGCUGCAAGCACGCUCGGAACUAGUGUGCGUUUGUACCUCCCAUAGCGAAAUCUGUUAGAGUAAAUACGAAUGAUA